CAACCAGUUGCUCUGUUCUUGCAACGGGCCGCCAAACCCAUUUUCUUUUUCUCAACGUUUUCUGCAAUUUCCGUUGAACAUUGACCUAGAAUAUCGCUCACCUCGACUACACCGAAUGUAAUUCGGUCCGGACUUAUCAAACCAGAACUUGACAAUCUAUUAAACCUGGAGAGGUCCUUUCUUUUCCCCUCCCCCUUCAACCUGAGGCCAUAUUAGAGGCUUCUUGUGUGUUCUCAGCUCGACGUCAUGGGGUCCGUUGAGCAAGGGCCAUCGGCUGUGGAGUCAAACAGCGACGAAGCCGUCAUCAAGUCCCAUAUUGAGGAGCUGACCGCGACGCAACUACCCAAUUCGUCCAUCUACAAUUUCCUUCUUUCUGAUGUGCGAAUCCGCUCUGCGUCGAAGGGGUCGAUGACGGCGCGUUUGACGCUCACCCGGAACCAUAUAAACUCGGGCGGCGGCAUCCAUGGCGCCGUCUCCGCUGCUAUCGUCGACUGGGCCGGCGGCAUGGCAAUCGCUACGUGGGACCUGCGUCGUCGCACCGGAGUCUCAGUUGAUAUCCACGUCACUUAUCUAUCGUCCGCCGCAGAGGGCGACGAGAUAGAGAUCACUGCUACGGCCGAUAAGGUUGGCGGGACCCUGGCGUUCACCCGUGUUGUCAUCUACAAAGUUGUCGACGGCGAAGCUGGUCCUGUUAUUGCGAAUGGUUCGCAUACGAAGUACGCCAAACAGCGAUAACAAUAGUUGCGUAAUGGGAUCACGAUUGCUAUACUUCAAAUAUUCAUAUGCUCUUAGACUUAGAAGGGGGUCUACCUACCUACCCACCUAUGUAAUGUGUUAUGCUAGCAUGAUGCCGGGAUAGAAUUAUUGGCUAAGACGAAGGUUUAAUUGGCUCGUUUAUCUCAUAUAAUAAAGUAAAGCCGAAAGUGUAGACGCCUACUGACUCUCAAAGCCAACCACGGCUUUUCUGAAUAUUGUGUAUUGUGACGACGAGUCUACCCUAGAACCUCUGUGUGUGAGCUCCAGCGUUCUAGGGACAACACAACCAUUGCUAUAGUCAAUGUUGAUACCACAGAACUGCCC